CUGCAGAGGCCAACACGACGCCAAACUCGUCAGAAACGCACCGCUAAUGGCCCGCGGCGCUCGAUGAGACUCGUGCGCCUGGCGUCACUGAUGAGCGCCCUGGAACCCUCGACGACGCGGCGCUCGGCCGGCGCGCUGCGGCGCCUCGCCGGCGGCGACGGCGACGACGCGCCCGCGAAGCUGGCCGCCGCGUUACACGACGAGAACUGGCGCGUGCAAGAAAUCGAGGCCUGCAAGGACGCAAGCGGCAAAGGUCCUUUACAUUUUGCGGCGUGGCGCGGCGCGCCGAAGAACUGCGAGAUCUUGAUCGACGCCGGGUGUGAUGUGGAAGCUCCGGCGACGGGCGAGUUCUCGUACGGCAAGACGCCGCUGUUCUUCGCCGUGACGCGGUGCCGAGACGCGACCGUGUUAGCGUUGCUCGCGCGAGGCGCCGCGACGAAGAUCGUGAACAACAAAGGGCAGUCCGUGCGCGCGCUGGCAAUAUCUCAUUUGAAGCCCGAGACCUACCGAGCGGUCGUCGACGCGGAGGAGGCGGACACGCGCCCCUGGAUCAAUUGGAGGGAGACGAAGAGCGACGGCCUGACGUACGGUGAUCUGGACGCGCGCUUUCUGGAGCGGCCGCUGGAACCGAGGGAUGUUGUUGAUGACGUCGCCGUGAACCCGACGACUCACAUUUCAAGGCGCGGCGCCUUUCUUCGCAAGAACCCGCAGAGGCAGCAGAAGCAGCAAGCACCACCCGGCAAGCCGCCCAAGCCGUCGACCUACGCGCCGUCCGCGCCACCUGCCGACUCUGAAGCGCUCCUGCAAGCUGUGUCGGACGCGUCCGACGAGGUAGAGACCGUCGGGGCCCUUGAGGCGCUCGCGACCGCGUGGGCGGACCGCAAGGGCCCCUGGCUGCCUCCUCUCGCCGACGCCGUCGCAAAAGUAGUGCCGCGAGAUCGCCUCGAGGCCGCGGCCGCGACUUUGGGGGAGGAGGGCUUGGCGGCGCGGCUCGCGCGGCGGGCCCUCGGCGGCGCGCCGCGGCCGCCCGCGCCGCCGCCGCCGCCCAAGGCCUUUCAGAGACGUGCCAAGACGCCGGCGGCGCCGCCCGUCGACGCGACGCUGCCGCCGUGCGCGCUCUCCGGCGAACCGACCUGGGUCGACGACGACGUCGGCGCCGUGGCCGCAGCCGUCGUUACGGCGAAGCGCGUCGCGUUCGACUGCGAAUUUUCUGCUGUUCCGGAUCGCGUGGCGACGAUUCAAGUCGCUCUGGACGACGGCCGCGUCUUUGUCGUCGACGGAACGCUGAACCUAGACCCGCUCGUCGACGCGUUGUCGGCGCGACGGGUCCUGGGCUACGGCGUCGGCGAGGAUUUAAAGCGAUUACCGCGCCGGGACUGGAGCGUCGACGACCUCCAAAGGCGCUUCCCGCGGCACAAGGCGCCUUCGUUGCAGCGCGUCGUCGCCGAGGUCCUGGGCGAGUACGUCGACAAGGCCCUCCAGCGGUCGGACUGGGACUCUAGACCGCUGUCGUCCGAGCAGUUGCGGUACGCGGCGCUGGAUGCGGCGGUGUUGUUGCGACUUGAGGCGGCGUUCGCGACUUGA